AUGCCCAGGCUGCAGGAGCUGCAGGCCGACUUCUUGCAGUUCUUCCCGGGGCACGACGUGGCCGGCCUGUGGCACCACCGUUGGGAAAUCCUCGCUGGCAAGGGGCCAGGCGCGGCGAACGCCCCAGAGGCCUUGAGCGCCGCGCGCCAGUACAAGGCCUCGCUGGACGCGGAGAAAGGCGGCCCGCGCCCGCCCAGGCCCGCGCGGGGUUGGGAUGCGAAGUGGGACUUCAUGAGCACUCCAGGGAAGAGAGCUCGUGACUCUCCGACGGUGGCGGGGGGGGUCUUCCGCGUGGCCGCCCAAGGAUUGGAGGCGCUCCAUCGCCGGGACAGCGCCGCGAGCGAGGGGGCGGACUCCGACCUUCGCGACGCGUGGCUUCGAAAGACCUUGGGCGAGGGCAUGCGAAGGCACCUGAUCGAGCUGGCGGGAAAGGCUCGCGGCAAGUGGCUCGAGAGAAUCAGGAGCGAUAGGCGCCGCGACGACAGGGACGACGCCGAUUCGAACUACAGCUCUGGCAGGCCAAGGGAGACCGACGCGGUGUUCGACAGCUUCCUGGAGCAGCUGCUCGCGGAGUGCCGGCAGGAGGCGGAGCGCGUUGGGGCGUCGCUGGAGGACCUGGCGCUGGCGGCCUGGUGGCAGAAGUAUGUGGAGCAGGGUGUGGGCACCAAGUGUUCAGAUCCAGAUAAGACCUGGCCCUGGGCGCUCUUCCUGAACGAACUCGUCGGCGCCAAGGAGCGCGUCGCCCCCUGCAGCCUCCACGCCGCGGAGCGGUGCCGGCGGCACCUGCGCUGCCUGCUUGCGGCCGCGCGGCACCUCUUGUCGCACGACUCGGAGCAGAGCCGCUCCGAGUACCUCGGGCGGCUCCAGAGGGCGCGCGAGGAGCCCAGGUGCAGGGGGUGCGCCGCUCAGCUCCACAGGCGGCUCGAGGACCUCGGGAUGGCGGGCUCUGGUGAUCCUGGGCCGGAACGGGUGGUAGAGGCGCUCGGGGAGGCCGCCCGGUCGCGGCAGGCCUCUCGCAUCAGCGCCUCGGCGCUCCGCUACUGCAGAGGGGAGAUCAGCCGCACCUUCCGGAAUGGGAAGCAGGCCGGCGUUCCUCUGGAGAGCUUGGCGAGCCGCCUCGCCUCCGGCGACGAGUCUCCGCUGAAGGACCUGAAGUUGACGGCAGUCGUCUACCACGGCAAGCACUUCGUCGUGGAGGGCAAUUGUCGGUUGUGGUGCUUGAAGGAGGCGGCGAGGAGGAUGGGCCGAGACCUGGAGGUGCAGGUGGAGGUCGUCGACCUGCACCUCGGCUUCGUCCGCCAGCAGGACGCUGGCCAGCCGGCGCCCCGCGCCUUCUUCCAGAGGUUCUCAACGAAGACUGACGGCGAAUCGGUGGACUGGGACGGCGACGACGGACGGGCGGGCCCAGACGGCACUUCGCGGGCUCCCGAGGGAGGCGCGCCACCGCUGGCGGAGCCGGGCGGGCCUCUGCCCGCCUCCGCCGCGUCGCCGCCGGGCACCAGCACCGGCGAGGGAGCGGCGCGGGCCCGGGGGGGGCAGGAGGAGCGGGGCUUCGACGACGCGUUCCGCGGCCUCGGGGGCCGGCAGCUCGUGGAGGCCAAGUUCUCUGAGCUGUGCGGCUUGCACCACCCGGCCAACGGCGGGGGCCCGGAGGAUUACCAGCGGCUCCAGCACGCCUACGACAGAGCUCUGGCCAGAGCCUCGGCGGCACCAGUCAGCGUCCAGCCGACGCCGCCAUCGCGGCGGCAGCUGACGGCCGCCAGUGCACAGGGCAGGGCGGUGGGCAGCAGCCGCGGGAGGUGCAUCAAGGCCAGCUUUCCCCAGAGGUGCAUGCAGUGCUCUGGGCAGAUCGAGGUGGGCAGCUCCAUCCGAAAAGCUGGGCCAGGCUGGUGCCACGACGAGUGCGUGCAGUACAGUCCAUAA